AUGGCAGUUGGGGACUUUGUCACCUACACAUCCAUCGACCACUACAACGAGAUUCCAGAGCCCGACCCUGAGGACCCCGAGGGAAUCUGGUACAUGCCUCAACGGCGGCAGGAGCUCGAGGAGGAUGGCAUCCCUCCGAACAUUGAAGAUGCAGCGAUCAAGGAGUGCUUUCACGACUCAUACCAUGACGCUGGCGAGUUUGGAGGGCUUGGGCCGAAGGCACAGAGCUCGGCCAUGUACCUCACCCUUACCGAGACUAUACAUGGGGAUGACGACGAUACUCCUGAGGCGUCUAUCCCAAUUGUAGUGAGCGUCACACUGGAUCCCGUCACUUCCGACGUCCAGACCACGGCCGUAGGUACAGUCCGCCCCGGAAGUACCAUCGAGCCUGGUCAACAACCCACGCAGGCCCCUCCAACCGCUGCACCAGUGUCAGACGUACCAAAGACUGUAGACAACACCGCGCUCCCCGUAAACGAGGGCCAGCCACCACCAUCCACGGCGCCGGCACAAGAAGCACCGCCAGCCACUAUCGUCGUCGGCGACGCGACCAUCACACGCAACUCCAACUCCGACCUCGUCAUCGGCACUCAGACUCUCCGCCCUGACACGCCAGUCACUCUGCAACCACCAAACGAAGGCCCUGACAACAACAACAACAACAACAACGACGACGACGACGACGAAAACAACAACAAUGACAACAACAACAACAACGAAAACAACAACAACAACAACCCCUCCCCAACCACCGUCGUCCUCCAAACCAACCCCAGCGGCGAAACCCUCCUCGUCGCCGGCGACACUACGACCACCCUCCCCGCCGCUGCCGCUCCACCUCCACAGGACGAACAGCCCACUCCUGCCCCGGUCGUCGUCACCGCUGGUGGCCAAACCCUUACUCUCAACCCUACCACCGCCAACGAUGGCAACGUUGUUCUUCCCGACGGCCAGACGCUAUCCCCCGGCUCAACCAUCACCCUCCCUGGCGCCGGCCCGGACGGAGAGCCCGCCACCAUCGCGCUGCUGCCUGGCACCACCGCUGCCGGCGAUGGCGAGGGCGAUGGCAGUCAGGGGGCUUCGACCGGCGCGCCACUCCUCGUCGUCAACGGCGUCACGACCGCUCUUCCCACCGCCGCCACUACAGCCGGCUCGGCAGACGGGGCAGGGGGCGCCGCGUCGGUCACCGUGGUCGGCGGCGCGACGUUCACCCUCGUCCCGACCACUGUUACCGGCGGUGAUGGCGCUGCUGCUACUGUCGGCACCGCUGUCGUCCUGCCCGAUGGCCGCACCUUGGCCCCUGGUGCCUCCGCGACCCUUCUCGCCCCGACUGGCAGCGGCGCCGCUGCCGGCCCGACGCCCGUCGCGGUCGUCGUAGAGACGGACGAAGCCGGGACGGUGCACACGCAGUUGGUCGUCGGGAGCGUGACGGCGGAGCUUGGCGGCGGUGCUGCCGGCACUGGCACAGCUGCUGGUUCUGGUGGUAGUGCUGGUUCAGCAACCCCGACCGUCCUCCCCGUCACCCCGCUCGCAGACGGCGACGGCGUCGUCGUCGCAGGCCGCACGAUUGGCGUGGGGGAGAGCGUCACGUUGGCUGGUGGCACGGUUGUAGCGGUGAAGACGGAGGGCGAAGGGGGUUCGGCAAAGACGGUGGUAGUUGUGGGGGGGAAGAGCGUGACGCUCAGCGGCAGUGCGAGCAAGACGGCCACGGCGGCAGCGACGACGACGACGGGGGAUGGGCUUGGGGGCGAUGUGUGGGAGGGUGUUGGGGGGACGAGGACGACGGCGGCGGGGACGGCUGCUGCAGCGACGAGUACGGGGGGUGGGGCGGGGAGGAUUGGGGUCGGGGGCAAGGCUGUGGUGGUGGCGGUGGCGGGUUUGGGGUGGGCGGCGGCCUCAGGGUGCGGGUGGAUGUAA